UUUGGGCCCAUGGCUCAGCAGAGGGGACAGCCAGAGGGGCAGGGACAUCUGACUCCAGGAAAGAAUUUCCCGAGUGGAGACACUGACAGCCAGGGGUCCAAGGUCCCUGCCAUGGACCCUGCCUCCUUCAGCGGCGCACCCCGUUUCCUCGCGCGGCCCAAGGCUUUUGUGGUCUCCGUGGGCAAGGACGCCACGCUGAGCUGCCAGAUCAUAGGCAACCCUUCGCCGCACGUGAGCUGGGAAAAAGACCGGCAGCCUGUGAAGGCAGGUGCGCGCUUCCAUCUGGCACAGGACGGAGAUGUGUACCGCCUCACCAUCCUGGACCUGGCGCUCGGAGACGGUGGUCAGUACGUGUGCCGAGCGCGCAACGCUGUGGGUGAGGCCUUUGCGGCUGUGGGGCUGCAGGUCGACGCAGGGGCGGCGUGCGCUGAGCAGGCGCCGCACUUUCUGCUGCGGCCUUCGUCCAUCCGCGUGCGCGAGGGUGCCGACGCCGCCUUCCACUGCCGCGUGCGUGGAUCCCCGCCGCCCGCCGUGAGCUGGGCCAAGGAUGGCCGGCACCUGGGCGCGUCUGACGGCCCGCGUGUGAGUGUGGAGGAACGGGGCGAUGAGAGCGAGCUACGCAUCCGGGCGGCGCGGCCACGUGACGAGGGCACCUAUGAGGUGCGCGCCGAGAACGCACUGGGCGCCGCGAGCGCCGCUGCCGCGCUUGUGGUAGAUGCAGACACCGGGGCCGCCGGGCCGCCCGGGGCCUCCACGGCCGCGCUGUUAGCGCACUUGCAGCGCCGCCGCGAGGCCAUACGCGCCGAGGGCGCUCCUGCGUCGCCGCCUGGCGCGGGCACGCGCACCUGCACGGUGACCGAGGGCAAGCACGCGCGCCUCAGCUGCUUUGUAACGGGCGAGCCCAAGCCCGAUAUCGUAUGGAAGAAGGACGGGCAGCUGGUGAUCGAGGGCCGGCGACACAUGGUGUACGAGGACGCGCAGGAAAACUUUGUACUUAAGAUUCUGUUCUGCAAGCAGUCGGACCGCGGGCUGUACACAUGCACAGCGUCCAACCUCGUGGGCCAGACCUACAGCUCGGUGCUGGUAGUCGUGCGAGAGCCUGCCGUGCCCUUCCCGCGGCGGCUGCGCGACCUGGAAGUGCGCGAGAAAGACUCGGCCACGUUCGAGUGCGAGGUGCCGCUGCCCAGCACGAAGGCCACGUGGUUCAAAGAGGAGACACCGCUGUGGGCGAGCGCCAAGUACAGCAUUGAGGAGGCGGGCUCUGAGCGCAGGCUGACCGUGCGUGACGUCACAGCCGACGACGACGCUGUGUACAUCUGCGAGACGGCAGAGGGCAGCCGCACAGUGGCGGAGCUCGCAGUGCAAGGGAACUUGACCCGGAAGCUGCCUAGGAAGACAGCAGUGCGCGUGGGGGACACAGCUGUCUUUUGUGUGGAGCUGGCUGUCCCAGAGGGCCCUGUGCGCUGGCUAUGGAACCAGGAGGAGGUGGUGGCUGGUGGCCGCGUGGCCAUCAGUGCAGAUGGCUCAUGCCACACACUGACCAUCUGCCAGUGCAACCUGGAGGAUAUGGGCGAGGUGGCCUUUGUGGCUGGCGGCUCCCGCACAUCCACCCAGUUGUGUGUGUCCGUCCCGAGGAGGCCACCCCUGUAUCCACCCACGGACCCCAUGGUGAAAGCCAGGACGGAGAGCUCUGUGACUCUGUGCUGGUCUCCACCCCCUGUGGACCGCCUUGUCAACAUCGAUGGCUACUUUGUGGAGAGGAGGCGGCUGGGCACGUACGCCUGGAGCCGGUGCCACCAGACAGAGUGGGUGGCCAUGCCUGAACUCACUGUCUCUGGAGUGGCUGAGGAGGGUGACUUCCAAUUCCGGGUGUCAGCAGUCAACAGUUUUGGCCAGGGUCCCUGUGUGGAGUUCCCAGGGACUGUGCACCUAGCUCCUCCAGGGCUGACUGCCAACAAGCCGCUGCCACCUGCACCAACCCAGGAGGUGCUGACCUGGCUGCACGAGGAGGCGCAGCUGCUGGCUGAGCUGUCAGACCAGGCGGUUGUUGUGACAUGGUUGAAGGACGGCCAUGCAUUGUCCCCUGGCUCCAAGUACGAGAUGCGGGCGUCGGCCGGGAGGCAGGUGCUGCUGGUGCAUGAUGUGGCGCAGAAGGAUGCAGGCCUCUACGAGUGUGUAGGCCGAGGGAGCCGCAUGGCCUAUCAGCUCUCUGUGCAGGGGCCCAAGGCCAUGUUCACCAAGGAGCAGCCGGCGCACAGUGAGGUGCAGGCCAAGGCAGGGGCCAGUGUCACGCUGAGCUGUGAGGUGACCCAGGCAAAGACAGAAGUGACGUGGUUCAAGGACGGGAAGAAGCUAGGCUCGAGCUCCAGGGUGCACUUGGAGGCCAAGGGCUGCAGGCGGCAGCUGGUGAUGCAACAGGCGAGAGAGGCAGAUGCUGGGGAGUACAGCUGUGAGGCCGGGGGCCAGAAGAUCUCCUUCCGCCUACGUGUCACAGAGGCCAAGGCCGUGUUUGCUAAGGAGCAGCCAGCACACAGUGAGGUGCAGGCCGAGGCAGGGGCCAGUGCCACGCUGAGCUGUGAGGUGACCCAGGCAAAGACAGAAGUGACGUGGUUCAAGGACGGAAAGAAGCUGGGCGCGAGCUCCAGGGUGUGCUUGGAGGCCAGGGGCUGCAGGCGGCAGCUGGUGGUGCAACAGGCGAGAGAGGCUGAUGCUGGGGAGUACAGCUGCGAGGCCGGGGGCCAGAAGAUCUCCUUCCACCUGAGUGUCACAGAGCCCAAGGCCAUGUUUCCCAAGGAGCAGCCAGUGCACAGUGAGGUGCAGGCUGAGGCGGGGGCCAGUGCCACGCUGAGCUGCGAAGUGGCCCAGGCAAAGACAGAAGUGACGUGGUUCAAGGACGGAAAGAAGCUGGACGCAAGCUCCAGGGUGUGCUUGGAGGCCAGGGGCUGCAGGCGGCAGCUGGUGGUGCAGCAGGCUGGUGAUGGCGACACAGGGGAGUACAGCUGCGAGGCCGGGGACCAAAAGAUCUCCUUCCACCUGCGUGUCACAGAGCCCAAGGUGGUGUUCACCAAGGAGCAGCCGACACACAGUGAGGUGCAGGCUGAGGCAGGGGCUAGCGCCAUGCUGAGCUGUGAAGUGGCCCAGGCAAAGACGGAGGUGACGUGGUUCAAGGACGGGAAGAAGCUGGGCUCGAGCUCCAGGGUGCGCUUGGAGGCCAAGGGCUGCAGGCGGCAGCUGGUGGUGCAGCAGGCGAGAGAGGCAGAUGCUGGGGUGUACAGCUGCGAGGCCGGGGGCCAGAAGGUUUCCUUCCUCCUGCAUAUCAUAGAGCCAGAGCACCAGGUUCCUGAGAAGCCUAGCCGCAGGGAGCUGUUGGUGGUCAAGGAACACGAGGACAUUGUUCUGACUGCCACGCUAGCUGCACCCUCAGCAGCUGCAGUAGCCUGGCUGAAGGAUGGUGUCGAGAUUCGCCGCAGCAAGCGCCAUGAGAGUUGCAGUGUGGACAACACCCAUACACUGACAGUGCGUGGUACACAAGUGCUGGACAGUGCAGUGUACACCUGCCGUGCUGCUGAGAGGCACCAGGACUUCGCAGUGCAGGUGGAAGCCCCUGUGCCCACAGAGGUGGCUUCCCGCUUCUCCAAGCCACUGGCACCCGUCACUGGGGAACUGGGCGGCACGGUGACACUGGCUUGUGAGCUGACCCCAGCGCAGGCAGAGGUUAAGUGGCGCCGUGGGGAAGUGCAGCUGCGGCCUGGCAAGAGGAUCCGGAUGGCAGUGGAGGGCGAGGUGCGCUCGCUGACCGUGUCAGGGCUGCGCACAGAGGACUCGGGGGAGUACACGUGCGAGAGCCGCGACGGGUGCACUAGCGCACGCCUGGACGUUCGAGUGCCCCGUGUGGUGCAGUUCAUGUCCCCGCUGAAUGCCGUGGUGGCUGAAGAGGGCGGCGAGGCCACCUUUGAGUGCAAAGUGUCUCCAGAGGAUGCAGAGGUUUCCUGGUUCUGGGACAGCACCCCACUGCAGCCUGGUGGGAAGUUUGUGGUGUCCCAGAGUGGGGCGUGCCGCAGCCUGACUGUGACAGGCCUGUCCCUGGAGGACACGGGUGAGAUCACCGUGCGUGCUGAGGGUGCCUCGUGCUGUGCUGCACUUCGGGUGCGAGAGGCACCCGUGCUGCUCCGACGGAAGCUGGAGCCACUGACAGUGCAGGAAGGGAGCACUGUAACCCUGGAGGUGGAGCUGUCUCGGCCCUGGCCGCAGGUCCGGUGGACACGCAAUGCCACUGCCCUGGAAGCCAGUGACAAUGUGGAGAUCCAUGCUGAGGAUAUGCGCCACCGUCUGGUGCUGCGCAGCGUGGGCUUUGCUGACCGAGGCUUCUAUGGCUGUGAGACGCCUGACGACAAAACACAAGCCAAGCUCACGGUGGAAAUGCGCCAGGUUACCCUGGUUCGGGGCCUACAGGCAGUAGAGGCCAAGGAACAAGGCUCAGCCACCAUGGAGGUGGAGCUGUCUCAUGCCAGUGUGGAAGGCAUUUGGUCACGGAAUAGUGUGCGGCUGCAGCCAGGGCCCAUGUGUCACUUGGCUGUGAGUGGCCCUGUCCACAGCCUCACUCUCUCAGGGUUGAGGCCCCAGGACAGUGGGCUGGUGGCCUUCCGGGCGGAAGGCGUGCAUACCUCAGCAAGGCUGGUGGUUACUGAGCUACCCGUGACCUUCAGCCGCCUACUGCAGGAUGUAGUGGUGACCCAGAAAGAGAAGAUGACUCUGGAGUGUGAGCUAUCACGUCCCAACGUCACUGUGCGCUGGCUGAAGGACGGGGUAGAGCUGCGGGCGGGCAAGGCUGUGGGCAUGACGGCCCAGGGCACUUGCAGGAGCCUGGUUAUCUACUGCUGUGAGCCGGGGGACCAGGGCAUGUACGUGUGUGAUGCUGGUGAUGCUCAGAGCUCUGCCUUCCUCAAGGUACAAGGCCGCAAUGUCCAGAUUGUGAGGUCCCUGGAGGAUGUGGAGGUGAUGGAAAAGGAGGGUGCCACCUUCUCCUGUGAGGUGUCCCACUGCGAGGUGCCCGGCCAGUGGUUCUGGAAGGGCAGUAAGCUGCGGCCAACCGACAACGUGCGCAUUCGCCAGGAAGGAAAGACAUACACCCUCCUAUUCCGGAGGGUUUUGGCAGAGGAUGAAGGGGAGAUCAGAUUUUUGGCUGAAGAUGCAGAGUCUCGAGCCCAGCUCCGAGUAAAAGAACUGCCCGUGACCCUGCUGCGCCCGCUGCGGGACAAGAUUGCCAUGGAGAAACACCGUGGGGUGCUUGAGUGCCAGGUGUCCCGGGCCAGUGCCCAGGUGCGAUGGUUGAAGGGAGAUGUUGAGCUGCAGCCGGGCCCCAAGUAUGAAAUGGUCAGCGAUGGCCUCUACCGCAAGCUGGUUAUCAGGGACGUGCAGCCUGAGGAUGAGGACACCUACACCUGUGAUGCCGGUGAUGUCAAAACCAGUGCCCAGUUCUUCGUGGAAGAGCAGUCCAUUACCAUCGUGCGGGGCCUGCAGGAUGUGAUGGUGAUGGAGCCUGCACCUGCCUGGUUUGAGUGUGAGACCUCUAUCCCCUCUGUGCGGCCAGCCAAGUGGCUGCUGGGCAAGACGGUGCUGCAGGAAGGGGCGCAUGUGGGCCUGGAGCAGGAAGGCACGGUGCACCGGCUGGUACUGCAGCGCACGUGCUCUACCAUGACGGGGCCCGUGCACUUCACUAUUGGCAAGGCACGCUCCUCCGCCCGCCUGGUGGUCUCAGACAUUCCCAUCACGCUGGUGCGGCCGCUGGAGCCCAAGACGGGCCGAGAGCAGCAGUCGGUGGUGCUGUCCUGUGACUUCCGUCCGGCCCCCAAGGCUGUGCAGUGGUAUAAGGAUGAUGCACCACUCACCCCAUCCGGGAAGUUCAAAAUGGUGCUGGAGGGCCAAAUGGCUGAGCUGCGUGUCCUGCGACUCAGCCCUGCUGACGCUGGUGUCUAUAGGUGCCAAGCGGGCAGUGCAGAGACCAGCACUGAGGUCACCGUGGAAGCACGGGAGGUGACAGUGACCCAGCCGCUGCAGGAUGCUGAGGUCACCGAGGAGGGCCGGGCCUGCUUCUCCUGUGAGCUGUCCCAUGAGGAUGAGGAGGUUGAGUGGUCACUCAACGGGACACCGCUAUACAAUGACAGCUUCCAUGAGAUCACCCAUGAGGGCAGGCGCCACACGCUGGUGCUUAAGAGUGUCCGGCAGGCAGAUGCUGGUGUGAUUUGCGCCAGCUCCCUGAAGGUGUCAGCUGCAGCCCAGCUCACAGUCCGAGAAAAGCCCGUGGUGUUCCUGAAGGUGCUGGAUGAUGUGUCAGUGGAGGAGCAUGGCACGCUGACCUUGCAGUGCGAGGUGUCUGACCCCAAGGCCCACGUGGUGUGGUGCAAGGAUGGUGUGGAGCUGGCGCCUGGUGACAAGUAUGAAUUCCUGCACACAGUAGGCACUCGCAGACUGGUGGUACAUGACCUAGGCCACAAGGAUGCUGGCCUAUACACCUGCCGCGUGGGCAUGGAGGAGACGCGGGCCCGGGUCAGCGUGCAUGACCUACGUGUGGGCAUCACCAAGAGACUGAAGACAGCGGAGGUGCUGGAGGGGGAGACCUACAGCUUUGAGUGUGUGUUGUCCCACGAGAACACUGGCGACCCCGCUGUGUGGACAGUUGGUGGAAAGAUAGUUGGCAGCUCUGGCCGUUUUAGGGCCACACACCAGGGUCGCAAGUACAUGCUGAUGGUACAGGACGCUGUGCUCAGUGAUGCUGGAGAGGUGGUCUUCUCUUUGGGCGGCCUCACAUCCAGGGCCUCGCUGAUCAUCAAAGAAAGGCCAGUGGCCAUCAUCAAGCCCCUGGAGGACCAGCAGGCCAUGCCAGGGGAGGAUGUGGUGCUGAGCUGUGAGCUGUCACGAGCAGAUGCCCCCGUGCGCUGGCUGAAAGAUGGGAAGGCCAUCCGCAAGGGGCAGAAGUACAAUUUGCUCUUCGAGGACGCAAAGGCCAUGCUGGUGGUGCGUGGUGCCUCACUCAGGGACUCUGGCGAGUACACGUGUGAGACAGGUGCUGCCAGGAGCACUGCCAGGCUCUGUGUGGAGGAAAAGGCAAACCGGUUCACAGAGGAGCUGGCUGACCUGCAGGCUCAGGAGCGGAGCACAGUUGUGUUUACCUGCAAGACAGAACAGCCGGUGGCCACUGUGACAUGGCGCAAGGAUGCUAUGGAGCUGCGAGCCUCAGGGAAGCAUACAGCUAGCCAGGAGGGCUUAACUCUGAGUCUCACCAUCAGUGCACUGACGCCAGCUGACAGUGGCACCUACACCUGUGAUAUUGGCCAGGCUCGGUCCCAGGCCCGGCUCCAGGUGCAAGGCCGGAGUGUGUGCAUCAUUGAGGAUCUGGAGGAUGCCGAGGUGCAGGAGGGUGCCUCGGCCACCUUCUGCUGCCGCCUGUCUCCUGCGGACUAUGGCCCAGUGCACUGGUUUCUGGACCAGAGGCCCCUGCAUGCCGAUGGGCUCAAUGAGAUUGAGGCCCAGCCUGGGGGCUACCAUGUGCUCACCCUGCGGCAGCUGGCACUCAAAGAUGCGGGCACUGUCCACUUCGAGGCGGGUGACCAGCGUUCCUCUGCUGUCUUGCGGGUCACAGAAAAGCCAAGCAUCUUUUCUCGGGCACUCUUGGACACCACAGUCAUGGAAGGAGAGGACCUGACCCUACACUGUGAGACAACUACUCCAGACAGCCCCGUGCUUUGGACCAAGGAUGGAAAGAUGCUGCGGCCGUCAGCCCGGUGCCAGCUGAGCUACGACGGCGGCCAAGCCAAGCUGGUCAUCACCAAUGCUAGCCUACAGGACAGCGGGCGAUACAAGUGUGAGGCUGAAGGGGCCUCAAGCAGUGCUAUCAUCAGGGUCCAUGCUCAGCCAGUGCGGUUCCGGGAGGCCCUGAAGGAUGUGGAGAUGCUGGAAGGUGGUGCUGCCACACUCCGCUGUGUGCUGUCUUCCGUGGCCGCGCCUGUGGAGUGGCGUUGUGGGGACGAUGUCCUGAGGUCUGGCAGCAAGUAUGGUCUGCACCAGGAGGGUGCUGUGUUGGAGCUGGUUAUCCGGGACCUACAGCCCCGGGACAGUGGCUGCUACUCCUGCUCCUUUGGGGACCAGAAGACCUCGGCCAUGCUUACUGUGAAAGCCCUGCCAGCCCACUUCAUAGGAAAACUGAGAAAUAAAGAGGCCAUGGAAGGGACCACAGCCAUACUGCAGUGUGAGCUGAGCAAGGAGGCCACUGUGGAGUGGAGGAAGGGGACAGAGAUGCUCAGGAAUGCGGACAGACACAGCCUACAGCAGCAUGGGACCGUGUGUGAGCUGCAGAUCCGGGCCCUGCUUGUGGCGGACACUGGGGAGUACUCAUGCAUGUGUGGGCAGGAGAGGACCUCGGCCACACUGACUGUGAAGGCCCUGCCCGCCAAGUUCACAGAAGGUCUGAAGAACGAAGAGGCCACAGAAGGGGCCACAGCCACGCUGCGAUGUGUGCUGAGCAAAGAGGCCCCUGUGGAGUGGAAGAAAGGGACAGUGACCCUCAGAGAUGGGGACAGACACAGGCUGAGGCAGGCCGGGGCCACGUGUGAGCUGCAGAUCCAUGGCCUGGCCUUGGCAGACGCUGGGGAGUACUCAUGCGUGUGUGGGCAGGAGAGGACCUCGGCCACGCUUACCGUCGGGGCCCUGCCUGCCAAGUUCACAGAAGGUCUGAGGAACGAAGAGGCCACGGAGGAGGCCACGGCCACUCUGCGGUGUGUGCUGAGCAAAGAGGCCCCUGUGGAGUGGAAGAAAGGGACAGUGACCCUCAGAGAUGGGGACAGACACAGGCUGAGGCAGGCCGGGGCCACGUGUGAGCUGCAGAUCCAUGGCCUGGCCUUGGCAGAUGCUGGGGAAUACUCGUGCGUGUGUGGGAAGGAGAAGACCUCGGCCAUGUUGACUGUCAGGGCCCUGCCUGCCAGGUUCCUAGAAGAUGUGAGGAGCCAGGAGGCCAUGGAAGGGGCCACAGCCACGCUGCGAUGUGUGCUGAGCAAAGAGGCCCCUGUGGAGUGGAAGAAAGGGACAGUGACCCUCAGAGAUGGGGACAGACACAGGCUGAGGCAGGCCGGGGCCACAUGUGAGCUGCAGAUCCAUGGCCUGGCCUUGGCAGAUGCUGGGGAAUACUCGUGCAUGUGUGGGCAGGAGAGGACCUCGGCCAUGCUGACUGUGAAGGCCCUGCCCGCCAAGUUCACAGAAGGUCUGAAGAACGAAGAGGCCACAGAAGGGGCCACAGCCACGCUGCGAUGUGUGCUGAGCAAAGAGGCCCCUGUGGAGUGGAAGAAAGGGACAGUGACCCUCAGAGAUGGGGACAGACACAGGCUGAGGCAGGCCGGGGCCACGUGUGAGCUGCAGAUCCAUGGCCUGGCCUUGGCAGACGCUGGGGAGUACUCAUGCGUGUGUGGGCAGGAGAGCACGUUGGGCACACUGACCAUCAGGGCCCCCCAGGUUGUAUUCCGGGAGCCACUGCAGAGCCUCCAGGCUGAGGAGGGCUCCACAGCCAGCUUGCAGUGUAAGCUAUCAGUCCCUGAUGUCCCCGUGGUCUGGAGCAAGGGUGGCCUGGAGCUGCAGGCUGACAGGCGCCGGGAGCCGAGGCUGCAGGGCUGCACUGCAGAGUUGGUGCUGCGGGACCUGCUCCGUGAGGAUGCGGGCGAGUAUAGUUGCACUUGUGGACCCCAAGCCACCAGUGCCACACUCACGGUCACAGCGGCACCUGUGCGAUUCCUGCAUGAGCUGCAGGCCCAAGAGGUAGCAGAGGGGGACACGGCACACCUGCGUUGUGAGCUGAGUAGGGCAGGUGCCAGUCUGGAGUGGCGCAAGGGUGCCCUGCAGCUCUUCCCCUGUGCCAAGUACCAAAUGCUGCAGGAUGGCUUGACUGCUGAGCUGCAGGUAUACAGGGCAGAGCCAGAGGACUCAGGUGACUACACAUGUGAUACAGGCCAUGUGCAGAGCACAGCAUAUCUCAAGGUCCGAGCCCCUGAGCCCAGGUUCCAGACCAGGCUACAGAGUGUGGAGCAGGAGGCAGGUGGCACAGCCAGGCUGUGCUGCCAGCUGAGCAAGGUGGAGCUGGGGACCCCAGUACGGUGGCUCAAGGAGGGUGUGGAGCUGCAUUCUGGCCUCAAGUACGAGAUGCGGCGCCAGGGGGCCAUGUGUGAACUACUUAUCCGAGACCUGGAGGCCAAGGACACUGGAGAGUAUACAUGUGCAGCUGGUGACCAGAAGACCUCGGCCUCUGUGAAGGUCAACGCCUCUGAGGUGACCAUCCUGGAGCCCCUGCAGAAUGUGAAGCUCAGCGAAGGCCAGGAUGCCCACUUCCAGUGCCGACUGUCCAGGGCCUUCAACCAGGAGGCCCGCUGGGCCUUGGCUGGAGUGCCUUUGCAGGCCAAUGAGAUGAACAACAUCACUGUGGAACAGGGCAUUCUCUACUCACUCACCCUGCACAAGGUGACCCUUGAAGAUGCUGGAACCGUCACUUUCCAAGUGGGCUCUUGUAGAUCGGAAGCCCAGCUGACAGUGACAGAGGCAGCACUGUGCCUGGUUCGCGGCUUGCAGAAUGUGGAUGUCUUCGCAGGGGAGGUGGCUGUGUUCUCCUGCGAGGUGUCUCGUGCAGGGGGGCCACAGGCCUGCUGGUGGCUGGACGGCACCCUGCUGCAGGACAGCCCCCAGAGCACCAUUGCUGUAUGUGAUGGGACCAUCCACUCGCUCACGCUCUCGGGCCUGGGGGUGGCCGAUUCAGGCACCAUUACCUUCCGUACUGGGCCCCUGGUGUCCACAGCCAAGCUGUUAGUCAAAGAUCCCACGGUGGAGGUGGUCAGUGCCAUGCAGGACCUGGUGGUGGAGGAGGGCGGUUCAGCCGAGCUCCUCUGCCAGUACUCACGGCCCGUGCAGGCCACAUGGAAGAUGGACGAGCGGGAGGUGUGUGCAGAUGGGCAGCGCGUCGUCAUAGAGCAGGACUGGACCGUGGCCAGGCUCAUCUUCAGGCCAGCCCUGCCCUGUGACAGCGGCAUCUAUUCUUGUGAGGCCGCGGGCACCCGUGUGGUGGCACUGCUGCAAGUGCAAGCCAAGAACACAGUGGUCCGAGGGCUGGAGAAUGUGGAUGCACCCGAGGGGGGCGAAGCACUGUUCGAGUGCCAGCUGUCACGGCCGGAGGUGGCAGCACACACAUGGCUGCUGGACGAUCAGCCAGUGCGGACAUCGGAGAAUGCUGAAGUUGUUUACUUCGAGGGUGGCCUGCGUCACCUGCUACUGCUCAAGAACCUUCAACCGAAGGACAGCUGCCGGGUCACCUUCCUGGCUGGGGAUGUGGUCACUUCUGCCUUCCUCACUGUCAGAGGAUGGCGCCUGGAGAUCCUCGAACACCCAUGUGAUAUGGUGGUGCAGGCUGGUGGCCAGGCCCGCUUCUCCUGUGUGCUCAGUGAGGCAAUUCCCGUGGGCGAGGCCACCUGGUACCUCAACGGGAUGGCAGUGCUUGCAGAUGACACAGACUGGAUGGUGAUCUCCGAAGGCAGCCACCAUGCCCUGCUGCUGCACCAUGCCCGUCCGUGCCAUGCUGGCGAGGUCACCUUUGCUGCCCAUGAUGCAGUGACCUCAGCAUGGCUGUCUGUGCUGGGACUCCCUGAUCCCCCGGAGGAUGCUGAGGUUGUGGCACGCAGCAGUCACGCGGUGACACUGUCCUGGGCAGCUCCCACCAGUGAUGGUGGUGGGGGUCUUUGUGGCUACCGGGUGGAGAUGAAAGAGGGGUCCACGGGCCAAUGGCGGUUGUGCCAUGAGCUGGUGCCAGGGCCUGAAUGUGUGGUGGAUGGCCUGGCCCCUGGGGAAACCUACCGCUUCCGUGUGGCAGCUGUGGGCCCGGCUGGCGCUGGGGAACCUGUACACCUGCCCCAGAUGGUCCGGCUGGAGCCUGCUGAGCCUAGGUCUGCAGAGCCCAAGCCUCCUGUGCCGAUGGCCCUGGAGACUCGGCAAGUGGCAGCUGGUGAGGAUGUCUGUCUGGAGCUGGAGAUGGUGGCUGAGGCUGAGGGAGUCAUUUGGCACAAGGGGACAGAGCGCAUCCAGCCCAGCGGGCACUUUGAGGUCAUCUCUCAUGGCCAGCGACAGAUGCUGGUGAUCAGGGAUUUCAAGGCUGAGGACCAGGGCGAGUACCACUGUGGCCCUGCCCAGGGCCCGGACACUGAGGUGGCCACCUUCAAGGUGGUUCUGAGUCCAAUCUCUGGGAAUGAGGCCCCCACACAACCCAGCCUGCCCCCAGAGGCAGCCCAAGAGGGAGAUCUGCACCUGCUCUGGGAAGCACUGGCCCGGAAGCGCCGCAUGAGCCGUGAGCCCACGCUGGAUUCUAUCAGUGAGCUGCCUGAGGAGGAUAGCCGAGCUCAGUGCCUGCAGCAGGACGUGGAGGAGGUGGCACCUGACCUCUCCGAGGACUACUCUACUGCGGACGAGCUGGCUCGCACAGGAGAGGCUGACCUCUCACACACGAGCUCAGAUGAUGAGUCUCGGGCAGGCACCCCCUCUCUGGUGACCUACCUCAAGAAGGCUGGCAGGCCCGGGGCCUCACCCGUGGCCAGUAAGCUUAGGGCCCCAGAUGCUCCCUCUGUGAAGCACCAGAGACAGCAGGAGCAGCCCGCCACCGUGCACUCACCUUUGGGAGACUCGAGUGCUGAAGAUCUGGGCGACCCCUCCAUGGACAAAGCGGCUGUGAAGAUCCAGGCCGCCUUCAAGGGCUAUAAGACCCGCAAGGAGAUGAAGCAGCAGGAAGGGCCUGUUUUCUCCCACACCUUUGGGGACACAGAGGUACAGGUGGGUGAUGCCCUGCGGCUGGAGUGUGUGGUGGCCAGCAAGGCGGACGUGCAGGCCUGCUGGCUGAAGGAUGGCGUGGAGCUGACAGAUGGACAACACCACCACAUUGACCAGUUGGGGGAUGGCACCUGCUCUCUGCUGAUCACUGGCCUUGGACAUGCUGAUGCUGGCUGCUACACGUGUCGGGUGAGCAGCAAGUUCGGACAGGUGAGCCAUAGUGCCUAUGUGGUGGUCAGUGGCACAGAGAGUGAGGCUGAGAGUUCCUCGGGAACAGAGUUGGACGAAGCCUUCUGUCGGGCUGCGCGGCGCCUGCACCGGCUCUUCCGCACCAAGGCCCCUGCUGAGGUAUCAGACGAGGAGCUCUUCCUCAGCGCAGAUGAAGGCCCUGCAGAGCCUGAGGAGCCUGCCGACCAUGGGCAGACUUACCAUGAGGAUGAGCGUUUCAUCUGUAUCCACUUUGAAGCACUCGAAGAGGCCCGCCGGGCUGCCACCUGCUUUCGGAACAUGUUUGCCACCAUGGGUGUUGGGGUGAACAUCAGCCUCACAGAACAGGGGCCCCGGGUGGUGGAAAUGCGCAUAGGCAAGGUGGCACCUGUCCCUGCCAUGCCCCUGGAGCCAGCACCCAGCCUGCCGCCCUCUGAUACUGCCCCUGUGUUCCUGAUGGAGCUGCAGAACCAAGAGGUGCAGGAUGGGUACCCUGUCAGCUUCAACUGCAUGGUGACAGGCCAGCCUCUGCCCAGUGUGCGUUGGUUCAAGGACGGAAAGUUGCUGGAGGAGAAUGACCACUACAUGAUCAAUGAGGACCAACAGGGUGGUCACCAGCUCAUCAUCACUGCCGUGGUGCCUGCGGACAUGGGCGUCUACCGCUGCCUUGCUGAGAACAGUGUUGGAGUCUCUUCCACCAAGGCUGAGCUUCGUGUGGAGCUGACCAGCACAGACUAUGACACUGCAGCUGAUGCCACGGAGACCUCAUCCUACUUCAGUGCCCAGGGAUACCUAUCCAGCCAGGAGCAGGAGGGCACGGAGUCAGAUGAGGGACAGUUACCUCAGGUGGUGGAGGAAUUAAAGGACCUGCAGGUGGCCCCAGGCACACGUCUGGCCAAGUUCCAGCUCAGGGUGAAAGGUUACCCAGCCCCCAGGUUGUACUGGUUUAAGGAUGGCCAGCCCCUGACUGCAUCUGCCCAUGUUCACAUGACUGACAAGAAGAGCUUACAUACCCUGGAGAUCGUCACUGUCACCCGGGAAGAUGCUGGCCAGUACUCAGCCUUUGUCAGCAAUGCUGUGGGCAACGCUUACUCAUCUGCCUGGCUAGUGGUCUGUGGCCCCGAGGAGCCUGGGGAGAAGCUGGCAUCAGAGGUGCAUGAGCAGCUGGUGCCACCCCGGAUCCUAGAGAAGUUCACCUCCAAGAAGGUGAAGCAGGGCUCCAGCAUCACGUUUUCUGUGAAGGUAGAAGGAUGCCCGGUCCCCGAUGUGCAUUGGCUCCGGGAGGAGGUGGAGAAAGGAGUGCUGUGGAUCAGCCCCAACACCCCAGGUUACACAGUGGCCAGCUCAGGGCAGCAGCACAGCCUGGUCCUGCUAGACGUGGGCCGACAGCACCAGGGCACUUACACCUGCAUUGUGUCCAACGCUGCUGGCCAAGCCUUGUGCUCUGCCAGCCUACAUGUCACUGGCUUGCCCCGGGAGGAGGAGCCAGAGAAGGCCCAGGCAGCCCUCAUCUCCUCUUUCCUGCAGGAGACCACUCAAGCCAUCUCUGCACAGGUGUUGGAAUCUGUGGGUGUCGCCAGUCCAGCUGGACAGAGGAAAGGGGAGACCCUGGUGGCUGGGGAAGCACGAAGCCACCUGUCCCUUUCUGAGGUGGGCACAGAGGAGUUUCUGCAGAAGCUUACCUCCCAGAUCACUGAGAUGGUGUCUGCCAAGAUCACGCAGGCCAAGCUGCAGGUACCUGGAGGUGACAGUGAUGAGGAGUCCAAGACACCAUCUGCAUCGCCUCGGCAUGGCCGGUCACGGCCUUCGUCCAGCGUGCAGGAGUCCUCCUCAGAGUCAGAGGAUGGGGACUCCCAUGGUGAGAUCUUUGACAUCUACGUGGUUACUGCCAACUACCUGCCCCUGGGAGCUGAGCAGGAUGCCAUUGCGCUUCGGGAGGGGCAGUAUGUGGAGGUGCUAGAUGCAGCUCACCCCCUGCGCUGGCUCGUACGCACCAAGCCCACCAAGUCCAGCCCCUCUCGGCAGGGCUGGGUGUCCCCUGCCUACCUGGACAAGAGGCUCAAGUUGUCACCUGAGUGGGGUCCCCCUGAGGCUCCUGAGUUCCCUGGGGAGGCUGUGUCUGAAGAUGAGUACAAGUCGAAGCUCAGUGCUGUCAUCCAGGAGCUGCUCGGCUCAGAGCAGGAUUUUGUGGGUGAGUUACACUUCCUCCAGAGCCACCAUAUGCAGCAUCUGGAACGCUGUCCUCAUGUACCCGCUGCUAUGGCCAGCCAGAAGGAAGUCAUCUUUCGCAACGUGAAGGACAUUGGCCGCUUCCAUAGCAGCUUUCUAAAGGAGCUGCAGCACUGUGACACAGAUGAUGAUGUGGCCAUGUGCUUCAUCAAGAACCAGGAGGCCUUCGAGAAGUACCUGGAGUUCCUGGUGGGCCGUGUGCAGGCUGAGGCCAUAGUUGUCAGCACUCCAGUGCAGGAGUUCUACAAGAAGUAUGUGGAGGAAAUGCUGCCUGCCAAGGACCCCACGCAGCCCCCUCCACUCCCACUGCAGCAUUACCUGGAGUUGCCAGUGGAGCGUGUGCAGCGCUACCAGGCUCUGCUGAAGGAGCUGAUUCGCAACAAGGCACGCAACAGGCAGAACUGUGCACUGCUGGAACAGGCCUAUGCUGUGGUGUCUGCCCUGCCACAGCGUGCAGAGAACAAGCUGCAUGUGUCUCUUAUGGAGAACUAUCCUGGGACCCUGGAGGCCCUUGGGGAGCCCAUUCGCCAGGGCCACUUCAUCGUGUGGGAGGGAGCACCGGGAGCCCGGAUGCCCUGGAAGGGCCACAACCGCCAUGUCUUUCUCUUCCGCCAUCACCUGGUGAUCUGCAAGCCCCGGCGGGACUCACGCACCGACACCUUCAGCUAUGUGUUCCGUACCAUGAUGAAGCUGAGCAGCAUCGACCUGAAUGACCAGGUGGAGGGGGAUGACCGUGCCUUUGAGGUGUGGCACGAGCGUGAAGACUCCGUGCGCAAAUACCUGCUGCAGGCACGCACAGCUGUCAUCAAGAGCUCGUGGGUGAAGGAGAUCUGUGGCAUCCAGCAGCGCUUGGCUCUGCCCGUGUGGAGUGCCCCAGAGUUUGAAGAGGAGCUGGCUGACUGCACGGCUGAGCUGGGCGAGACGGUGAAGCUGGCCUGCCGUGUGAUAGGCACCCCAAAGCCCAUGGUCAGCUGGUACAAAGAUGGAAAGCCAGUAGAGGUGGACCUUCAUCACAUCCUCAUUGAAGACCCUGAUGGCUCCUGUGCUUUCAUCCUGGACACCCUCACGGGCGUGGACUCUGGCCAAUACAUGUGCUUUGCAGCCAGUGCCGCUGGCAGUGCCAGCACCCUAGGGAAGAUCCUAGUGCAAGUCCCACCACGGUUCGUGAGCAAGGUUCGGGCCGGGCCCUUUGUGGAGGGCGAGGAUGCCCAGGUCACCUGCACCAUUGAGGGUACCCCAUACCCUCAGAUCAGGUGGUACAAGGACGGGGUUCCACUGAGCCCAGGCAGCAAGUAUGGGAUGCUGAGUGAGCCUCGCAGUGGGAUGCUGGCACUGGUGAUCCGAGCAGCCGGGUGUGAGGACCUGGGGUGCUAUGAGUGCGAGCUGGUGAACCGGCUGGGCACAGCUCGAGGGCAUACAGAGCUAAAAGCACAGAGUCCUGUGCUUCGGGCCCAGGACCAGUGGCACAGGGAGCCACUCUUGGCUGGCAUGGAAGUCACUGAGCAGGAGACUAAGGUCCCCAAGAAAACCGUCAUCAUAGAGGAGACCAUCACCACCGUGGUGAAGAAUCCCCGUGGCCGGCACCAGUCCCCCAGCAAGUCCCCAUCUCGUUCACCACUCUACCGUCCUGCCAGCCCGAGGAGGCCAGGCCUGUCUGCCCAGGUCCCUGAGCUGCCCUCCCCACUGGGGCCACGUAGGCCCGAGGGGGAGCCGGGCUCGAUGCCUGCCGUGCCCACGCUGUUCGUGACCCAGGCUGAGGGCCCCACACCGAAGUGGGUGGAGGUGGAGGAGAUCAUCGAGGUUCAAGUGAAGAAGGGGGGCCCCCACAGUGUGUCUCCUGCCCGUGGGGCCCCUGGCCACACUGGGAGGGUGCUCGUUACGCGGCCCAGCGCAGACCCUAAUACCAACAACUCCAACAACACACGGCUGGCCCAGGACACAGCAGUUGCCAGCGUCGGGAAGCCCGUGGUCUUCUGUGUGGACACAAGUGGCAUGGCCUGGGCCACUCCUGAGGACAGUGCCAUGGAGAAGGGAGGAGGAGGGGAGGAAGAGGACGGAAGCCUCGUUGUCAGAGAGGAGCCCCAGGACACCCAUGGCCUUGGUGACCACAGCCCCAAGAUUCUCACACACAAUGGCCGGGCGCUGACCCUGGCUGACCUGGAGGACUAUGUGCCGCAGGAAGGGGAAACCUUCGGCUGCAGAGAUCCCAUGCCCGACACCUCCGGGGACCCUCCAUGCACGGUUUCGGUGCUGCAGAGAGAGAUCGGCGAGCCUGCGCCUGUGGUGGGGCAGCCUGUCCUGCUCAGCAUGGGGCGCUGGCCUGGCUCCUUUCAGCAAGAUCCCUGGGCCCCUGGGGCUGAGGGCAUCUCCUUCCUUGUGGAGAGGCCUAGCCCUGGGGGCAGCAGCCCCUGGACAUCCUCCUUCUGUGCCCAGGUGCAACAGUUUGCAGACAGCAGCCAGUGUAGCUUCAAAACGGAGGUCUCCACCCAGACGGUUGACUUUGGAACCGUGGGCGAGACUGUCACACUGUGCCUCCGCCCAGGCGGGGGUGAGGGCCCUGGCCCCUAGGGCUGAGACCACCUGGUGGAACUUGGGCCAGGACCUGUGCUUGUGUUACUGCUAUGGCAGGGACAGCCUGUGUCGCACUGAUGCCAGGUCUGGGGCUCUCCAAGUCCCCUAGAGCCCCACCAGAUCCUGGAAGCUCAGGAUGCACAUCCUUGCCCUCCUUUCUGGCCUCUACCUCACAGUCCCCUGAGGCUGACCCUGACCUGUGCUGGGCCUUUUGGGAACCUCUUGCCAGAGCAUGUGGCCCAGCAUUUGUCCUGUGCCUUCAGCUGCUGCUCCAUGCAGCUCUCAGUUGUGCAGUCUUCUGUCAUGGGUCCUGUGAACAAUAAAAAACUCCUGUGCCUGC